ACGAAACAAAAUUGCUAAUUUAUUUAUUUUAUUCAAGGUUUUCAUUUACUUAGGUAUUCCAGUGAUUUUUGAUACCAACAAAUUGUUCAUAUUAUGUAACUGAUAACAACGAAAAUUUGUGUAUUAUCAUGAGCGCACUAUCAUUCAUAAAGUCGACAAAGGGCAAGGUUAUCCUGGCUACAGUGGCUGCUCUUCACAUUACAAUUUACUUCGCAAAACCAUCAUUUUUUAGAGGCGAGAAUGAGCUAAAGUCAUUCAGUUCUCCGCCUAAAUACAUGCCUGAGAAGUAAUCACAGUGGCCUUCGAGUAACGUAGCGUUUAUAGCGCAAAAAAGAAAAUAGGAAAUUCAUUUAGAAUAUGCGUACUGUUUUUCUCUAGAUGAUCUAUAAAAGCGUUGUCGAAUUUUCAGCGAGGUUAGUUUCUUACAGAAGUUUAGCUAGAAAGAUGAGUUCAGGAAGACCAAUCGUCUAUAUCACUCGCAGUGAUAUGCCAGAGUGUGGUGUGAAUUUACUUAAAAAAGAGUGUGAUGUAAAAUACUGGCCAAAACCAUCACCAGUGCCACGUGAAGAAUUCCUCAAAGAAAUAUCAGGAGCUGCUGGCAUCUAUUGCUCCCUCACUGACAAAAUUGACAAAGAUAUACUUGAUGCUGCUGGUCCCAGUCUGAGGGUGGUAGCUACCAUCUCAGUUGGAUAUGAUCACAUUGACGUGCAGGAGUGCAAGAAGAGAGGCAUCAAAUUGGGAUAUACACCUGACGUUUUAACUGAUGCCACAGCUGAACUCACUCUGGCUCUUCUAUUAUCAACAUCACGCCGACUGCCAGAGGCUCAACACGAAGCACAAACAGGUGGUUGGGUAUCAUGGGCUCCAACUUGGAUGACAGGCCCUGGACUAGCCGGUUCCACUGUUGGUAUUGCAGGUUUCGGAAGAAUCGGUCAAGCUGUCGCCAGAAGGGUCAAAGCUUUUAAUACAGCUAGAAUACUAUAUUGGAAUAGAAGUGUGAGACCUGAAGCCAAAGAAAUCGGAGCUGUUAAAGUCAACUUUGAUGAAUUAUUAACUGAGAGCGACUUUGUAAUAUGCUGUGCUGCAUUAGUUCCAGAGACCAAAGAAAUAUUCAACAAAUCAGCAUUUGAGAAGAUGAAGAAGUCAGCUAUUUUUGUAAACACCAGUCGUGGAGGCACUGUUGACCAAGAUGCUUUGAUUGAAUCUUUGAAAAAUAAUACCAUAAGAGCUGCUGGUCUGGAUGUAACUACUCCUGAACCUUUACCUUUAGAUAGUCCAUUAUUUAAAUUAAAGAAUUGUGUUGUACUGCCACAUAUUGGCAGUGCAUCUAUAGAAGCCAGAGAUAUUAUGAGUGAAUUGACUGCUAAAAAUAUAUUAGCUGCUAUACAAGGCACUGAUAUGCCUGCAGAAAUAAAAUGAAGUUUUACAUUGUGUAUAUAUAUAUAUAUAUAUAUAUAUAUAUAUAUAUAUAUAUAUAUAUAUAUAUAUAUAUAUAUAUAUAUAUAUAUAUAUAAAUAUGUGUAUCAGUACACAAAUUCUAUGACUAAUUGUUAAUAUAAUCAAUGUUAUUAUUAUAAGCAACUAUGUGUAUAAUUGUUAUUUUUUUAUAACUGCUAUUUUCUCAAAUACAUAUGCAUUUUUUACAUACAUACCAUAUUAUUAAUAAAAGUAUAAAACUUACUAUAAAUUUGUUUAAAUGUUAGUAUUUGUCAAUAUAUUUUUUAAUUGUAAUUUUAAAGACAUGAAAAUUUUAUAAGACAUGAAACAGUUCAGUAACUGAAGAAUUUUAAAAAUAAAAUAGACAAAUUCAUUUUAUAUUCAAUGAAUGAAUGAUAUUUGCUUGUAUUUAA